AUGCCCGUGAUUAGCCUCCUCUCGCCUCUCCGCGCGGCCUCCUCUCGCCUCUCCGCGCGGCCUCCUCUCGUCUCUCCGCGCGGCCUCCUCUCGCCUCUCCGCGCGGCCUCCUCUCACCUCUCCGCGCGGCCUCCUCUCGCCUCCCCGCGCCGUCUCCUCUCGCCUCCCCGCGCGGCCUCCUCUCGCCUCUCCGCGCGGCCUCCUCUCGCCUCCUCUCGCCACUCCGCGCGGCCUCCUCUCGCCUCUCCGCGCGGCCUCCUCUCGCCUCUCCGCGCGGCCUCCUCUCGCCUCCCCGCGCGGCCUCCUCUCGCCUCUCCGCGCGGCCUCCUCUCCCCUCCCUUUGCCCUCGCUACCCCCUCCCAUCGCCAUCGCUUCCCCCUCCCGUCGCCCUCGCUUCCCCCUCCCAUCGCCCUCGCUUCCCCCUCCCAUCGCCCUCGCUUCCCCCUCCCAUCGCCCUCGCUUCCCCCUCCCAUCGCCCUCGCUUCCCCCUCCCAUCGCCCUCGCUUCCCCCUCCCGUCGCCCUCGCUUCCCCCUCCCUUUGCCCUCGCUUCCCCCUCCCAUCGCCAUCGCUUCCCCCUCCCAUCGCCCUUGCUUCCCCCUCCCGUCGCCCUUGCUUCCCCCUCCCGUCGCCCUCGCUUCCCCCGCCCAUCGCUAGUCCACUUGCGCCAUCUGUCAGCGUGGGGCAGCAGCACCACCAACGCCUCCUCCUCUCACCUCCUUGCCUUCCUCUUCCCCCUCUCCCCCCCAAACCCCCACCCACUCUUCCCCUGCAGUUGCUGGUUCACUUGCGCCAUCUGUCAGUGUGGGGCAGCAGCAUCACCAACGCCUCUGCGCCGCUGCUCCCUUUUCCCCCACUCCCACCAUCCUCUUUCCACCCCCGCCUCUCCCCCUUCGCCUGCAGUCGCUCGUUCACUUGCGCCAUCUGUCAGUGUGGGGCAGCAGCAUCACCAACGCCUCUGCGCCGCUGCUCCCCUUCCCCCACUCCCACCAUCCUCUUUCCACCCCCGCCUCUCCCCCUUCCCCUGCAGUCGCUCGUUCACUUGCGCCAUCUGUCAGUGUGGGGCAGCAGCAUCACCAACGCCUCUGCGCCGCUGCUCCCUUUUCCCCCACUCCCACCAUCCUCUUUCCACCCCCGCCUCUCCCCCUUCCCCUGCAGUCGCUCGUUCACUUGCGCCAUCUGUCAGUGUGGGGCAGCAGCAUCACCAACGCCUCUGCGCCGCUGCUCCCUUUUCCCCCACUCCCACCAUCCUCUUUCCACCCCCGCCUCUCCCCCUUCGCCUGCAGUCGCUCGUUCACUUGCGCCAUCUGUCAGUGUGGGGCAGCAGCAUCACCAGCGCCUCUGCCUCGCUGCUCCUCGCCUUCCCCCGCCUGCUCUCCGCCAACCUCGCCUGGACUGCCCUCUCCCACCUCCCCGCCCACCCCUCCCUCACCGCCCUCCACCUCUCCCACUGCCCCCUGCUUUCCAUUGGCUUCCCUCUCCCCUCCUCCUCAUCCUCUCCCUCCGCCUCCUCUCCUUCCUCCUCUCACUCCUCCUCCUCUUCCUCCUUCCCCCUCACUCAUCUGGUUCUCUCUGGUGCCUCAAUCGCUCCUCCCUCCUCCCUCUUCCCUCCUCACCUCCUCGCCUUCCUCACUCACCUCACCUCGACCCCUCCACUGCUGCUGUCCCUGACGCCCUUCUGUUACACCUCGCCCACUCCCUUCCCCACACGGUACGUUAGCUCCUCACCACUCUCCCUCACACACCUUGAUCUCUCUGGCUGA